AAUCUUUUUUUUCAACGAUCAAGAGCACCUGCAAAUUUUAAAUAACGACAAGAAGGCUUUCAAUGUAUAAUCAAAAUGCAUUGCUCUACGUUCAGCAGCUAGACUGAAUAGCCAAAACAACAUAUUUUAAGAGUUUAACUUGAAUCAAUUUAAUCGAUUCCUUCCAGAUCAAGGGCUGCCUUAUACAUCACUGGAAACUUCCUGAAAACAAACAGAUUGCAAAGAGCUCAACGGUAGACUUUCUCAAACCUUCUAUAAAAAAAGAUUUACACAUCCAAAAUCAAGAAUAUUAAAGCAACAACAGAAGCGUUGAGUCAUGCCAAGCAGCGUUGCGAGUGACAUUCUGUCGCAGAUGGACUGGGACGAGGGCAUCUCAGUGCCAGUGGCGAAUGAGGAGAACAAGCGACUGGAAGAAGACAUCCAGUCCAAGGCCUCCCUCCUCACCCGCCUCAAGGCUGAGUUGGGGGAGAACGAGGACAGAAUAUAUGCCAUACAGGAGCACAUGAAGAAUGUGAGGCAGGAGUUCCAACACACCAAUGCACUCACUCAGGCCAGAGGCAAUGAGGCGGAAACUGAGCAGCACUUGACUAAUGUGGCCACACGGGAGCAGGGAAGGAUUGCGGCUGAGAUCCGGAGAUUGGAGGACAGUCUGGCAGACCUGAAAGAGAAGAAGAAUAGUCUGGAGAACCUCAUCUUCAGAAAAAACCAGGACAUCGAGGACAUCAAGGGUCAGCUGAACUGGGACCAGCAAGCUCUAGAAGCUUGGCUGGAGGAAGCGGCAAAGAAGGACGAGGACUACAUGACACUGCAGAAGUACACCCGGCAGGACGAGUCAAAAAUCAAAGAAACGACUCUGAAGAUCGAGAAACUCACGGAAGAAGUGGCGGCCAAGAAAAGAAAUCUUGAAAACGAAACAACAGAGACUCUCACCUCUCAGCUUGCACUGGAUAAAACAGCCGAAGAGUUCCGAAAGGCGCACUUGGAACGACAAAAUCUGAUUGGUCAAUGGGAGCAGACGAUAGAAUUGAUGAAAAAACGAGACAAGGACAUCAACGAUUUAUCAAUUCAACUUGCUGAAACUAAGAACCACGUCUUCGAAAACGAACAAAUUGUUCGCGAAAAAGAAGAGUUUAGCCAACAGGAGCAGGAAAACAACGAGGAAAAAGAAAAGCAGACAGCUUUGAAAGACCGAAUGGUGGCGAGAGUGCGAAACGAAUUAGCUGGAGUCGAGAAAAGCCGCAAAGAUUUUUCUGACGAGCUCGAGUCGCUGAAAAACAUUGUUGAAAAAACCAGCACACAGUUGGAAAAUACGCGGAGUUCAAUUGCGGCUCUGAAAAAAGAAAUCGAAAAAAUGGCGGAAAAAAUUGAAAGUCUGAAAAAAGAGCGAAAAGCACUUCAGGAUAAAAUGACAGUUGCAGUUGAAGGCAAUUUGUCAGCUGAACAAAAAGCAAACAUGAUGGAUAAAAUGAUGGAAGAACAGGAGCAAAACAUCAGUGAACUCUCGAAGUUCAUUCAAGCUCUUCACGAAGGUCACUUCAAAAAGCAACAGGAGUUGUACCGCAUGAACAACAAGGAAAAAGACCUUGAGGCUGAAAUUUCGGGAGCUAAAACGGCGGCCAAAAACCUGGCUACUCGAAUCGCAAAACUUGACGGCGAUACUUUGAAACAACAAGAGUUGGUCUAUAACCAAGAUUUUCAAAUUCAAACUCUAGAACGACGGCUGUGGCGCAUGCAAGGAGAAGUUAAAUCAAAUGCUGAGGAGAAAGCUUUGAAUGCCAAAGUUGACGAGCUAAACGAAGUAUUGAACGAGAAAACCCAACGACAUACUUUGCUCUCUACUCAAUUGAAACAACUGGGCGAAGAUAUGCGACGGCUGAAGCGGGAAUACGAACUGGGAAAUAAAGAAAAGCAGGACUUGACUGAAAAAAUUGACGAGUUGGAUCUGCAUAACGACACCUCUUCCAAAGCAUGCAAGAGUUUGCACAAGGGCAAGCAAGAAAAAAUGGUCGAAGUUGGUCUGCUACAACUUGAGAUCAAAAGGUUGCGUGAUCUUCUGAACGCGAAAGCGGACGAUGUGAUGACCUUAGAAAAAAGAAGACUUUGGAUCGAUACUGCACUGAAGGAACGCCUGCAGGAAAUAAAUGUUCACCAAGACAUGUUGAAGUCCCAGAUAAAGGCGGGCGAAGAUGAACGUCAAACCAUUUCAGUCGAGUUGCAUGAACGAAUUGCCAAGAUUGACAAGUUGCGUAAGCGAUAUGAAAUUCUGAUGACGUCAAUGGCUCCUCCUGAGGGCGAGGAGGAACGGUCGGCAGCCUAUUACGUAAUCAAAGCGGCUCAAGAGAAGGAAGAGCUGCAACGAAAAGGUGACAUAUUAGAUGCUAAAAUCCGAAAAGCCGAGAAGGAAAUCCGUGCGCUAGAAAACACGCUCCGGCUGUUAAAUGGGAGAAACGAAACUUACCGAAAAAGUUUCAACACUGUGAAAGAUACCAGCGAAAUGGUCGAGGAUAAGGACAAAUUGGAACAGCAACAAAAAGCUGCCCUAGAUAAAAUGAAAUACAAAAGACGACAACUGCGCGAGAUUCAAAAUGAUUUGCAAAGUAUGCAAGCAACGAUGGAACGAAUUCAGAAUGAAAGCCACUCGAUGUCCGCCCUGAACGAUGAAAAGGCGAAACGACUUGCGAUGGUUCAACAGGAAAUGAUCGAACAGCAGGACAAAAUCCAAAGAGCGACUAAGGUCGUUUCACGAGAGGCAAGGUCUUUGCGUCAGAGCAAACAGUCCAGCUCCCAAACGAUCGAGGAGCGAGACUUUGAGCUUCGUGAACUGAGAGACUUCAACCGAAAUAUCAUGAAGCAACUCGGCGACAUAAUCAAUUCAGCGCCAGCAGCUGGAGCAGAUAUUCUAGUCAUGUUCAAACAAGCCGGACUAGAAGUUCCUCCGGGUUCCGCUUCCAGCAGCCGAGCAUCGUCGCAAGCAAGCUCAGCUCGGUCAGACGCUGGGGCUCGAUCCGGAGGUCUGACAUCUCCGAAAGCAACCGUGUCACCGAAACCAGUUCAGAUCGGGUUUGGAGAUGCACCGCUGGGACCGGCUACAGGUAGCGCCGGAUCGCAACGUCGUGCCUCGGGUGGAGCGGGCGGGAGUCGAACCUCAUCGCGGUCCAGCGGAGGAAGUAGAAGAUGAUUGGGAAAAAUUUGACGUCAAAUAUCUCAUUCGAUGAAAUGAUCUAUUCAAUAACACUUAGGCCAAAAUUUUUAAACAAAAAAAGUAAAAUUGAAGUUUUUCUUUGG